ACUUCUGUUCGCUUUUCUGUAUCAAGUGAAACUUGCUGAGCUCAUUUCACUCUAUAAAAACACGUUGUUAGAGCAGUGGUUUGGUUGGUUGUUUUCACUCGCUGUUCAGCUCCACGAUGUCCAGGCACGGUCACGGCCAUGGCCACAGCUGCGGGUGUGAGGGGACACACGAGCCUGCGGAGAGGGGCGUGGAGUACGGACUGUACCGGAGGAUUGACACAGAGAAGGUGCAGUGUUUGAACGAGAGCAGGGACGGAGACGGGAAGCUGGUGUUCAAACCGUGGGAUCAGCGGAAGCAGCGGGACAAGUAUGUUGAAAGUGAUGCAGAUGAAGAGUUGCUGUUCAACAUCCCUUUUACAGGCAACGUGAAGCUGAAGGGCAUCAUAAUCUCUGGGGAAGAUGACGAAUCUCAUCCAGCUGAGAUUCGGCUGUACAAGAACAUCCCUCAGAUGUCGUUUGAUGACACCGGCAGAGAACCUGAACAAGCCUUCAGACUCAACAGAGACCCCACAGCUGAGCUGGAGUAUCCCACAAAGAUUGCUCGUUUUACCAGCGUCCAUCAUCUGUCCAUCCACGUCUCUAAAAACUUUGGAGCAGAGAACACCAAGAUCUACUACAUUGGUCUGAGGGGCGAAUUCUCAGAGGCUCAUAGACAUGAAGUAACGAUCUGUAACUACGAGGCGGCGGCAAACCCUGCCGAUCACAAAGUGGACAACAUCAUCCCGGAGUCUAACUUCAUUUCCUGAAAGCUUUGCUGAGCAGUGAGGAGGAAGAGGUGGUGGAGGGGGAGGAGGAGGGGCUUAAAUGUCUGUUGAUUGUGAUUGACACAAGUCAAACCAUCAAAGAUGAGUUCAAUGCUGUGCACUGGCAGGUUGGUGAAGAUUAAACAGGUAGAAAGCGUCGAAGGACUGAAGACACUGAGCACCAGAGAGUUCCACAUGUGACUGGAAGAUGAUGAGCCAAGAUGUUCUGCUCUGUUUUCUGUGACAUUAAAGAUUGAAGCAAAAAGCUUAUUAAUAAUAAAUGCAUGAUAAUGUUUGACACACAGAUAAAGUCUGUAAUCAUUGAAACCCAUUUAUGCUCCUUCAUCACUUCAAUAAUGUGAUGGCUACUCUUAAAUAAAACCGAGGAAUGGAAAUUAAA